UGUCGUCCGACCGAAAUUGUGGUGGCCUCUUUCCUGUUUGUGUAGGCUUAGUGCGUUUCAGCGAGCGCUUCGCAACGAGUCACUCAUGGAUGAUGACGUCCUGGAGGCUUCGGCUCUCGUGGUUCAAGCUUCUUGGCUCCUCAAGUGGGCUUUCUUCGGAUGCUCCUUCCUCUCAAUCGUCGAGCUGCUGCAGAGGCCCAACUUGGCGCCCAGGCGACCAGUGUGCUUCACACUUUGCGACUUCGGCUAUCUGGUUACUAAUGGCAUAGCAGUUGUUGCGCUCGUCUUCACAAACGUUGUUGUUUUCAUUGGAGCAAAGGAAGCGGCCCCGGAAUAUGCCAUGGCCGUCGCACUUGUGUGGCUCACAAUCAGCGCUGUCACGCAGCGCUGCAAAGGCAUGAGUGCCUCCAAUUUUCUUUGUGCAUUGCACUCAAUUUACUUCGUCGCCUCACUGAACGACUUCUUGUUUAGGAAAGACCUGACGUUUUCUCAAGAAGCUGUCUACAGUAGACCGGAUGAGCUGUCGUUGACGACCACGUCGCGCUUACUGCUAAUGGUUGCCGCAAUGGGGAGCUUCUUGUGCACAUUUUUCCGAAGCAGUCCCGUCUACGACAAGGAUAAAAUUGAGGUACGACGUGGUGCGAGUGAAGAAACGUUUUCACCUUUCGGUAAGGUCGUGGGCAGUGCAGUAUAUCGGCAUAUCAUCAAUGCUGGCCUUCGGUCUAGGACAGUGAAGAGCGACAUUCUUCCGGUUAUACGAAGAAUCAAAAGCCGGCUUCUCGUCCGCCAUUUACGUUCUUCGCUGCAGAAAUGGACUGGACACAAUUCCGGAUUUCACAUUUUAUGCGGCUUCGUGCGCAUACUGUGGUAUGAGGCGCUCUGGGUGGUCAUUACAGGAUUCGCAUUCUUCACAAAUUACAUGAUCCGGGUGCCGUUACUUGAGGCAAUGAUUGAGGACUUCAGCAGUCAGCCUGACCGAGCGUUGACCGUGCUCUUUGUAUCGAGCUGCGUGAUGGACGUGUUUCUCUCUGGUUUCAUGGAAUACGUAUCCCUGCGAUGCACUGUACAACUAAAGGCCCUCAUGGAAGCAGCGCUGUUCACGAAGACAACGCGCAUGAGUGCGCGCGCCCUUGCGGAGACUCCCACCGGUUACCUCGUCUCUCUGGUGGGAGUGGAUUGCGAACAGCUCAACGUCGCUGCCAUUGUGAUCUCCCAAUCUGUGAGCGGCCUCCUCUGCUUUCCGCUGGUUUUGUGGAUGCUGGCCAAGCGCGUCGGUGUUCUGCCCGUCAUCGGCUGCAUCGCCUGGCAGCUGGCAUCGCUAGCUCUUUUCGUCCCGGCCUCGAAAGUGCAGACAGGACUUUGGGCAAGUACUUUGCCCCACUGA